AUGGGUUACGAAGACAAAUUAGUGGCUCCGGCCUUGAAGUUUAGAAACUUCAUCGACAGGACUCCAAACACAUACAAUGUUUAUGUUAUUGCAUCCAUCUCCUGUAUUUCAGGUGCCAUGUUUGGUUUCGAUAUUUCAUCGAUGUCGGUUUUUGUGGGUCAAACACCAUACUUGAACUUCUUCCACAGCCCCAAGUCUGAUUUACAGGGUUUCAUUACUGCUGCUAUGUCUUUGGGUUCAUUUUUUGGUUCUCUUCUUUCGUCAUUCGUUUCUGAACCUUUCGGAAGAAGAGCUUCUUUGCUCAUUUGUGGUUUCCUCUGGUGUGUUGGUGCUGCUAUCCAAUGUUCAUCUCAGAAUGUUGCCCAAUUGAUCAUUGGUCGUAUCAUUUCUGGUUUUGGUGUUGGUUUCGGAUCUUCUGUUGCUCCAGUUUACGGAUCUGAAAUGGCUCCAAGAAAGAUCAGAGGUACCAUUGGAGGAUUCUUCCAAUUCUCCGUCACUCUUGGUAUCUUCAUCAUGUUCCUCAUUGGUUACGGAUGCUCCAAAAUCGAUGCUGUGGGCUCAUUUAGAAUCCCCUGGGGUGUCCAGAUUGUUCCUGGUCUUUUCUUGCUUUUGGGAUGUUUCUUCAUUCCUGAGUCUCCUAGAUGGUUGGCUAAACAAGGAUACUGGGAGGAAGCCGAAAUCAUCGUCGCCAACAUCCAAGCCAAGGGAAACAGAGAAGACCCCGAUGUGUUGAUUGAAAUCUCCGAAAUCAAGGAACAAUUGUUGCUCGAUGAGCACGCCAAGGCUUUCACCUACGCCGACUUGUUUUCCAAGAAAUACCUUCCAAGAACCAUCACCGCCAUCUCUGCUCAAAUCUGGCAACAAUUGACCGGUAUGAACGUCAUGAUGUACUACAUUGUCUACAUUUUCCAAAUGGCUGGUUACGAGGGAGACACCAACUUGAUUCCUUCUCUUAUCCAGUACAUCAUUAACACCGUUGUCACCAUUCCAUCUUUGUACUUGUUGGACAGAGUUGGUAGAAGAAAGAUGUUGUUAUUUGGUGCCGCUGCUAUGAUGGCUUGGCAAUUUGGUGUGGCUGGUAUUUUGGCUACUUACUCUGAGCCUUACGACCUCAAUGACACUGUCAAAAUUACCAUUCCUGACAAGCACAAAUCUGCUGCUAAAGGUGUGAUUGCAUGUUGUUAUCUUUUCGUUGCUUCGUUCGCUUCCACCUGGGGUGUUGGUAUCUGGGUUUACUGUUCUGAAGUUUGGGGAGACUCUCAAUCGAGACAAAGAGGAGCUGCUGUUGCUACCGCUGCCAACUGGAUUUUCAACUUUGCCAUUGGUAUGUUCACUCCAUCUUCUUUCAAGAACAUCACCUGGAAGACAUACUGUAUCUAUGCCACUUUCUGUGGAUGUAUGUUCAUCCAUGUGUUCUUCUUCUUCCCAGAAACCAAGGGUAAGCGUUUGGAAGAAAUUGCUCAAAUUUGGGAAGAAAAGGUCCCAGCUUGGAAGACUUCCAAGUGGCAACCACACGUUCCUUUGUUGUCGGACCACGAGCUUGCCGAGAAGAUGAGCACCAAGCACGACGAAAACAUGCUUCAAUCGCAAUCAUCGGAGGAAAAGCCAACUGUCUAA